GCGCGCACGCCACACGCGCCGUGUUCUGUUUGGCAAACAUAAACUCCGUCCGCGGACUGGCGCGACUAGUGCGUGCGCACGAACAUUCUAAAAGAGCGUGAACUUGAGACGGGAAACACAUCAAGCACGAGAGCAUAUGAAGAUCUGCAGCGGAGGUCGGAGUGCAACUGUAUUACGAAGCAACUCAGUGAUUAUUUAAUUAAUUAGAAGUGCUGAGAAAAGUGCUUCGGCUGCGCACGGGACGCUGCGAUGGACGUGAUCCCGAUGUGCAGCAUCUUUAACGAGCUCCAGACGGUUCACGACACCGGAUACUUCCCCGCGCUCCCGUCCUUGGAAGACAACUGGCAGCAGACGUGUCUGGAGUUGGAGCGCUACCUGCUGCGUGAGCCCUAUGUGGGGACAGAGGAGUCUCUGUGGAGCCAGCUGGUCCUGUGCUGUGGAGGACCACCAGGAGGAGGAGGGGAGUCUGGCUCCGCGUCGGCCCCAGGAGAGGGCCCCGGCCCUGGGCACGCCGAGGAGGCCGACCACCCCCCCCUGGUGCUGACGCAGGGAGCGCAGGGUCCAGGCUCGGACACGGCCAGCGAGGCUUCGGACAGCUCAGAGGACGCGACCUCCGACCUGCUGCUGACCCCGGCAGAGGUGUCCGUCGAGACGGGCGACAGAGGGGAGAGGUCGUUGCCGGGGGCGACGGAGGGGAGGCGGAGAGUGCAUCGCUGCCUCUUCAGCGGCUGUCGGAAGGUGUACACCAAGAGCUCCCACCUGAAGGCCCAUCAGCGCACACACACCGGGGAGAAGCCCUACAGGUGCUCAUGGGAGGGGUGUGAGUGGCGUUUUGCUCGUAGUGAUGAACUCACACGUCACUUCAGAAAACACACUGGAGCCAAACCCUUCAAAUGCUCCCAGUGCGACAGGUGUUUCUCCCGAUCCGACCAUCUGGCCCUGCACAUGAAGAGACACGUCUAGUAUGACCAAGAAGAGUGUGUGUGUGUGUGUGUGUGUGUGAGUGUGUGUGUGUGUGUGUGUAUUUCUGUGAGUGUGUAGGGUGAAUGGAGAGGGAAGCUAAUGUGCAAUGUGGUUAUCCUUUACCUGACAGACAAAGCUUUUUAUUUUGUCUCUGUUUGCACCGCCUGCAAAACCACUAGCCUGAGGACACACUCUCAGUGGGCGCUAGCAUUAGGCUAGUAAUGCUUGUGCUAGCCUUAGCAUAACAUGCUAUUAGUUUGUGCUAGCAUUAGGCUAGUAGCACUUGUGCUAGCCUUAGGAUAACAUGUUAUUAUUUGGUGCUAGCAUUAGGCUAGUAGCACUUGAGCUAGCCUUAGCUGUUAGUUUGCAUUAGCAUUAGGCUAAUAAUGCCUGAGUUAAGGGCCGUUCACACCAAGAACGAUAACGAUAACGAUAACUAUAAAUAAAUAUCGCUCUCGUUAAUAUGAAUGACAACGUUCACACAUAAACUAUGAUAACGACAUGAAGAACGAUAUCGUUGUUGAUCACUUUCAGAGCGAUUUUGAGAACGAUAAAAAGCUAACAGCCAAUCAGAACCCAUAAUAUUCUAGCCAUCACAUUCAUUAACAUGAGGAGAGACUUUUCUUAUCGUUGGCCAGUGUGGACGCUUUUAUCGUUAUGGUUAUAGUUAUCGUUAUCGUUAUCGUUAUCGUUAUCGUUCUUGGUGUGAACGGGCCUUUAGCCUCAGUAUAACAUGCUAUUGGUUGGCGCUAGCAUUAAGCUAGUUGUGCUUGAGCUAGCUUUAGGAUAACACACUCUCAAUGGGCACUAGCAUAUCAUUCACUUUAUUCAUGUUGCAGCCAUUGUAAACCAAAACAACUUUACAGGAUACAUAAAAAAUGAUAUAGUCAGUGUACUCUGUAUCCUCCCUUUGGCUAACACAAUGGCCGCUGCAAGAAUAAGGCAAAUUAGUUUGGUGCACGUGAUAGGCUAUAAUCUUGAGCUAAUCAGAGGAUGGUGGGUAGUUUAAGCUUACCCGAGGAUAACACAAUGUUUGUUGGCACUUACUUAAGCAUCAUGUUAGCAUGUUUUUUUUUUCAUGUGUUUGAGCUUUAUCAAAACUGUGCCUUACAUCAUGAAAUUAGAAUCAGUCAGAGAGUAUAAUUUUGAUGCUGGUAACUGAUUCUGAGAUGUAAUUCUCAACCCAACCCAAGAACUACGCGGCAGGUGUGUGCUGUUCCGCUCCCUAUAUUUAGCUUUGGCCCUGUAGCCGCGCACACGCUAACUAGCCUAGCGCCAACAUAGCUUUAGCUCAUUGGCCAUGUACAUGGACUUGGCCUAGUGCUAAUGUAGCUUUAGCUCAUUGACCAUGUACAUGGACUUGGCCUAGCGCUAAAUAGCUUUAGCUCAUUGGCCCUGUAGCUGUGUACAUGGACCUGGGCUAGCACUAACGUAGCUUUAGCUCAUUGGCCCUAUAGCCAUGUACAUGGACCUAGCGUUACCGCUAACGUAGCUUUAGAUCAUUGAACCUGUAGCUGUGUACAUGGACUUAGUGCUAACGCUAACGUAGCUUUAGCUCAGAAGACUUUGGGAUGUUGCACCCGAUGCCACUGGGCCAGUAGUGCAUUCAUAAGGUUAGUAUUUCAGCUAGCAAGCCAGCGUGAGAGUCAGAUUAGCGGUUAGCUAACAGACCACUGUGAGAGUCAAAUUAGCAUGUAGGCUUACAAACCAGUGUGAGAGGCAAGCUAGUUAUCUAGCAGACCAGUGUGAGAGGCAAGCUAGUUAUCUAGCAGAGGCACUUGUCAAAAAUAUCUGCUACGCACUUCUGUGUCACUCCGAGGUGUCACGACCAUCACUGCCAUAUUUGUUUUGUUUUGUAUUUUUGUUUUGUAUUUGUUUGUUUUGUUUUGUAUGUUGGUUUGUAUUUGUUUGUUUUGGUUUUGUAUUUUUGUUGCUGUCGGAGAAGCCACUAUUGUUCAGUGUUCAACCCAGAAAAAGUUAUUUUUGUAAAGUUUUAUUUCUGUGUGAAGUAUCCAUGAUGAGUUUGUUUAUUUUUGUAUGGUUACUGAGUUACUUGUGUGAGAGGAAGCAUGGCAUGUGUGUGUGUGUAUGUGUGUGUGUGGUUUCUAUGGAUGCAGUGUAGCCUGAAGGUGCCUUAGUUCCUGCUCAUAUCUGGCGCCCCCUGCAGGCAGCAUGGACGUGGCGCCUUGCUGAGACAACCGACCAAUCACCGGGACAGCUCAAGUAAAGGGUUCAGGAGGUCUUCUAAUUGGUCAAUACAUUCUGGCCAGUCUGCUCGGAUUGGUGGAUAAACCCUUGCCUCUUUGCUCCUAUUGGUGGAUAAUCUCUGGAUCCUCUAUUCUGAUUAGUGGAAGAGCCCUUGCCUCUUUACUCCUAUUGGUGGAUAAUCUCUGGAUCUAUUCUGAUUGGUGGAUGAACUGUUCAUUGUACGUCCUUAUCGACGUCUCUGGACUCACUGCUCAUUGUCACCUGCUGACUUUGGAUACACCUGACACCUAUCACCUGUCUCACCUGUUACCUGUCUCACUUGUUGGGGUUCUGUACAGCCCAGUCGCACAUUUUUAGUCAUGAAAGUUUGUCCCAAAGAAAAAUGGGUUUUCAUUUACCGUGCUAUGCUAAUUAUGCUAAUUUUAAAAAAUCGGACAUUCGUCUCCUAAACAACCGGAGCACCAGUGCCCCCUAGUGGGUUGUGAGGGCAUUGCUGGUAGUCCUGACCUGCCCACGCAUUAAAUGAUAUAGCUUCACUGGGACACGGAUGAGAGAGGGGAGUCGCUUAAUCAGCAGUGGCCUCAGCUACUCACCUGUCACCUGUCUCACUGCACCUUACCCCCCACACACACAUCCACCUCACACACACGCACGCACACACACACACACCUGUCUCACUGCACCUUACACAUGGACACGUUUCAUUGCAGCGCUGUAAUAUAGUCAUGGUCACAAGGAUCUCUCAGUAGCUUCUGUGUGUGUGUGUGUGUGUGUGUGUGUGUGAGAGAGAGAGAGGUUUUCAGAGUGUGUAUGAUACACAUACGUUACGACAGAAGAGCGGACUGUGCUUAGGACAGAGAGAAAUGUAAAGUGUGUGAGUGCUCGGAAAGUCAGGAAAUGAUCUGACAUUUCUAAAACCUGAGUCAACCCAAAACACUGAUACACAGACUAAACAUUACCACUGAUAUCAGACACGCACGCACACACACACACACACACUCUCACCAUGAGUCUUAAAAACAGGCAAAAUGAAAUCUCAGGAGAGCAAGCAAUGUCCAAAAGCUUCUGUUUGUGUGUUUGUAUCUGUGUGUGUCUGUGUGUGUGUGUGUGUGUGUGUGAAUGCUGCACUAAAUGAUGUUGUGUAUAAAAUGUGUAUAAGAGCAACAGAUUUUAUUUUUGUUUUGAGUUGUAUGUGUUCUUUUGAAAUGCUGCAUUUCUGUUAAAAUUGUUUUUGGAAAUGUAUUAUUUUUGUUAUUUUUCUGUAUGAAUGUAUUUUUAUUGGAAUAACAAUGAAAUACUCUUAUGAAAAAA